AGAGUGGCGCGUGGCUCUCUCUUGUGCCCAACUAUCAUUUGCCAAGCUUUGUCCCGCCCCCACCUCUCUGUUCCAACAUGCAGCGACCCCCCCUCUUCCCCAAUCAGACUAAACGGGUUGAGGCUGAAAACGUCGCUUAUCCAUAUUCUCGAAUGAUGUGGUCCAACCGGCUGUUAAUCCAGAACAUUGUAUUCUAUUUAUAUGACACGUUGUCCAAAUGAAACCUACGGAUACAUGUAAACAUCAGCAGAUUUAAAAGUGUAUUUCAAAGUACAACGUCAAAGUGCAAGUAAAAUCUCAUUUUGAAUUUUACGGAUAUCAAAGCAAAUAACAGUUUCAAAUUACUUUCUAGUUCACCACACCCCAUUCGCUGGGCUCAUUUCUUGGAAAACGAAACUGAUAGUAAAAUACAGGACAAGGUAGUUUCAAUUCGCCGAUGGAAGAUGGCCGGAGAGGAUGUUUUCCCUUAUCCUCUGGUAGUCGAGGGCAAAUGGGACCUGGACGUCGCCAAACUUUUGAAAAAUAAACUGCAGAUUUAUUUCCAAAGUAGGAAGCAAUGUGACGGUGGAGAGUGCGUGGUGGAAUAUGAAGAUCUCGCUUCAAACCAGGCAGUGGUGCGCUUCGCCAGUGACCAAACAAGAAACAAUGUAUUGAAGAAAGAAACACACCAGAUCGAUCUGCAAAAGAGAGGUAUUAUUUAUUUUACCGUCAGACUGCCAUCUCAGGCAGCUGCAGAAAGGGAUGGGACAACAGCAGCAGCCCAGUCUCCAGGACAGAACAAUACGGGUUGUGCAGGAAACCAGCCCAUUACAGGAGAUGAUGCUCAAGCAGUGUUGAUGGAAAGAGACCGUUCAGUGGAGAAUAUUCCAUUAACGGUGAAGAGAAAAAGUCAUCAUGAAAGUAGCCAAAUUCUACAAUCCUCUUCUGUGGUGCUACAAAAUCUUUCGAACAAUAUUACAUAUGAAUUGUUAGCUUUGCUUGUUGAAAAGCAUACUGAUUUAAGUGAAGCAGAUGAUGAUUUCACUAUGGAAAUAUUAAGUGAAAUUGAUGCAGCUGUCGUCACCUUCAAAGUUGAUAUUGACCCUUUUGAAUUUGCUAAAAAAUGCUCAAAAAAGGUUCUACUUCGACAAAAUAUUGAAGCAAGGGUAUUGGAAACAUCUAGGAGCAUAAGAGUGGAGAAUCUGCCUGCUAGCAUCACUGAAGAUCAUCUAAGACUCUACUUUGAAAGUGCCAAAAAUGGAAAUGGAAUUGUCAGCUCUGUUGAACUAACAUCUGAACACGAUGCAGCUGUGAUUUCUUUUGAAAAUUCUGCAGUUGUGGAUUUCAUUCUGUCCCGUGCACACAUGAUCGAUAAAGCACCAGUUAAUGUCUAUCUUUAUUACAAGUCCCUGAGUUCAGCUUUAUAUGGGAACAAAAGACCAGUGGUGAAAAUGCCUGAUCCCUUCAUGUUCGAUGUUGAUUGCUACAUUCUGCAGUUUCUUAAAAACAAUGAGGGGCGAAUUGCUGAAAUCAGUGACAAAAUGUCAGCAUGUUACUGCAAAAUAAUAUUCCCAGAAUUGGGCCAAUCAAACUCAAUUAAGAUUUCCCCAACAUUUUCAAAACAUAGUUCAUUUGAGAAACUUGCAAAGGGCUGGAAAAAGGAAGCUGGGGACACUUUAACUAGUAUUCUGUCAAAGUAUAACACGUUUACAUGUAACGUGAAUCAAUCAGUCUGGGAAAUAAUUAAGCAUGAACUUGAUCAAUAUUUGAACCAAAAUGUUGCUGUUAUCCCAGACAUUUCAAAGGAAAAAGUAAUAAUCACUGGAGUAAUUGAGCCUGUAGAUAUUUUACAACAAAGAUUCAAAUCAAUUAUGAACAAUGCAAUUGAAAAGAUAGAAAGGGAAAAAGAAAGUAUAACUCAGAGAGUACCAAUUAAUCUCGCCAAAUACGUUCUACUAGUAAACGAUGGUUUAGAAGACAGUGUUUCCAAACAAUUUCCAGACCUUCACAUAAAAUUCAACUCGCAUGAAAACAAUUUAACAUUGCAUGGGUUACCUUCAGAGGUUUAUAAUGCCAAAAGCAAAAUACUAGAAAAUAUUAUUCUAAUAAAAGAAACGAAAACUAAUCUAGACCCUUGUCUUCGUAACUUUAUACAAAAUGUUAGCUGUAAAGAGGUUUCUUCCCGCCUUUUUGCAUCAAAAGAUAUCAGUGCUGCAGUUGACAUCCAGGACAAUUCUGUUGUGUUGAUAGGAAGUACAGAUCAUUUAUUGUGUGCAGCAGAAGAGCAAAUCAGCAAACAUCUUGCUUUCAAAUCUAUUGCGAUAAGAGAUCUGAAUGUCAUUAGAAAGAAUGAAUGGACACAUUUAAAGCACAAAUUGGAUGAAAGAUUGAAUUCUCAAAGGAUAAAAGUUGAAAUUGAAGAGAAAACAUCAAAUGGGGGCAUGCACAUUAUUAUCGCUGGCUAUACUGAUUCUGUUGAAGAAGUAUAUGAAAACCUCAAUGACUUUGUCAAAAAGAACACAAUCAUUCAAAGAAACAUUCUAUUUAAAUCUCGUGGGGUGUUGCAAUUUUUGGUGGCCUUUGACAAAAUCAAAAAUGUACAAUCAAUAACUCAAGAUGUUAAAAUAAAAGUUAAUGAUGGGAGUAAUCAUGCAAGUGUCUCAGUCACUGGUCCUGAAGAGAAUGUCGAUCAUGUGGAAAAUUCACUUUCAGAUGCAGCUUCCAAAAUAGUUACAGGAGUGCUGCAAAUAACCACACCAGGAACAAAGAAAUUUUACAAAGAAAAAGAAGAAGUAUAUGGUUCCAUGGUAAAGGACAAGUAUGAUUGCAUUUUAAGACUUAUUGAGCACAGUGACAUGGAAGGUAAUGAUUUAAGCCAAUUUAACUGCAAAGUACAAUUGCCCAAUGGACCUGUAAUUACUGUCAAUAAAGGAGACCUGUGCAAGGCUCAUGUUGAUGUGGUUGUCAAUGCUGCAAAUGAAAACCUAAAGCACGUUGGAGGCCUUGCAAAAGCUUUGUUCGAUACUGCUGGUGCAGUGUUGCAAGAAGAGUGUGAUAGGAUUGUUAACCAACAAGGACCUCUUGUGCCCGGCGAUGCAGUUAUUACUGAAGCUGGUAUGCUACCAUGUUCCAAAGUAAUUCAUGCAGUUGGACCAAGGUGGAUGGAUACUAAUUCGAACACUGCCGUGAAAAGAUUAAAAAAUGCUGUGGAGGAAAGUCUAUGUUUAGCAGAAAUGUGUAAUUUUAAGUCUAUAGCAAUCCCUGCUAUUAGUUCAGGAAUAUUUGGAUUUCCACUGGCUUUAUGUGCUGACACAAUUGUCACAUCGAUCAGAGAGCAUUUUGUGAACCUGCAUGGAGACAGUACAUUGAAGGAGAUCCACUUGACAAAUUUCGAUGAUGAAACUGUUCAAGCAGUUGCAAAAGCAGUUCAGAAAAUAUUUGGUCAUUUAAUAGGUAAUGCACCUGUACCGCUUGAAAGGCCUGCCUCUGGUAACAGAAGAAAAACAAAUAGUUGUCUUCAAGCCCAAACAAAAGAAGGUCUAAACAUCCUUGUUGUCAAAGGGAAUAUUCAAGAUAUUACAGCUGCUGUCAUUGUAAAUGUGAUUGGAAUGGAUCUAAAGCUCUCUCUGGGUGCAAUUUCCAAAGCGUUAUUACAAAAAGCUGGUCCACAACUCGAACGAUUACUGGAGAAAGAAACAAAGGGGAAACAACCUCAAAAUGGACAAAUUUAUGAAACAAAAGGUUGCAAUCUUGACUGUAAUGAAGUGUAUCACGCUAUUGUUCCUCACUGGCAGGGAGGAUCUGGGAAUGCAGAAAAGGUUUUGAAAAAUCUAAUCAAAGAUUGUCUGAAGAAUACAGAAGGCUCAAAUCUGGAUUCCAUCGCAUUCCCUGCAAUUGGAACUGGCAACUUAUGUUUCCCAAAGGAUGUUGUUGCAAGUAUUAUGUUUCAAACUGUUCUGAAGUUCAGUACUGACAGAAAGCCGGCUCAUCUUAAGACAGUUUACAUUGUGGUACAUCCUGAUGAUCAUCAUAAUGUUCAGGCAAUGACUUGCGAAUUCAAAAGAUUUUUUAUGCAGCAGCCAAAAACUGGCGUCCACAGUGAAGAGCAGAAACCCACAGGUCCUUUGUUUGGAAAAAUGUCUUUGGUUACACCUGAGCAGGCUGAAAUGCAAAUGGGAUCAAUUUUAUUACAAGUGGUACCUGGAGACAUAACAAGGGAGACCACAGAUGCCAUUGUCAAUUCAUCAAAUAACACAUUUACUCUAAAAUCAGGUGUGUCCAAGGCAAUUUUAGAUGCUGCUGGUCAAGCUGUAGAAACUGAGUGCCAACAAAAAGGCUCACAACAAAACAGUGGAAUAAUAUUAACAAAUCCAGGAAAUCUAGCGUGUCGACAUAUAAUUCACAUAAUUGGACGAACGGCUCCUAAUGAAAUCAAAAAUGCUGUCAAUGCAGUACUUCAGAUAUGUGAACAACAGGAAUUCUCCUCUAUAUCUUUUCCUGCUCUUGGAACAGGACAAGGACGAGCAAAUCCUUCCCAAGUUGCUGAUGCAAUGCUUGAUUCAGUCGCUGACUUUAUAAAUACAACACCCUCGCCUUCAUUGCGGAAGAUUCGCAUUGUAAUUUUUCAACCUCCCAUGUUGAAUGAAUUUCACAGCAGCAUGAAAAAGCAUGAAACAUCCACUUCCCCAGAAAAUGAAUCUGUGCUGAAAAAAAUAGCUCAUACAUUUUCAUAUUUUUUUGGAAGUCAUCCGAAAGAGAAUAAAGAAUCCUUCAUUGAAGACACCAUUGAAUUCAAAGAUGAGAUAGAGCCUGUUCAUUUUGAGAUCUGUGGAAAGAGUAAGCAAGGUGUAGAAAAUACUAUAUCCUGGAUUAAAAAUAUAGUUUCAAAGGAGCAGUCUGAAGAAACCAUUGAUAGUAAUUAUCUAUUUGACUUUUCCGAAAAAGAAUUUGUAGAAUUAACGCGUCUUAAUAAAAGUCUGAAUAUCACAUUGGAUCUAAAACGCGACCAAUCUGGAGCUCGGAUCAAAAUCUGUGGUCUCACAAAGGAUGUUCUGACAACCUUUACUAAAAUUCAGAAGAUGAUUAACUGCCUCAGAGAAAAAGAAUCUGAAAGAAGAAACGAAGAUCUUGUCAAAAAUUUGGUUGAAUGGCAGUUUCAAGAUGGUAUUGAAUACAAACCAUUUACCAGCGCUACAAACUUCAUGCUGGAAGCAGCAUUUGGUAGAGAUCUGACUUCAACUAAAAUUCAACUUCACGGCAAGCCAUGCAAUGUGGAUUUGAAAAACCUUACUGCUACAAUCGAAGGAAAUAAGACCAUUUGUUUGAAAAGGGUUUUGAAAACUGAAGGAUUGCUAACUGAUGCUCUUCCAGAUCAUUGGGAUGGUAUGAAAAACAUACAGUAUACAUCUGUGCAGCUGCACCAGGAAUCCCAAGAAUAUCAGAAAGUAGAGCAAUCUUUCAAAGCAUCAGCCAACACAUUACAGAUUGUAAAGAUUGAAAGAAUACAAACCCCAUGUCUUUGGAAGAAUUAUAUGAUUAAAAAACAAUUGUUUGAAGAUAAAAAUCCUGCUGGAACUAACAAUGAAAGGAACUUGUUCCAUGGAACAGCGUCGGACACACUAGAGUCAGUCAGCCAUCUUGGGUUCAACCGGAGCUACGCAGGAAGGAAUGCCACAGUUUAUGGGAAUGGCACAUAUUUUGCUGUAAAUGCAAUGUAUUCAGCUCAUGACACAUAUUCAAAGCCUGAUGCCAAUGGAAUGAAGUACAUGUAUCGUGCUCGAGUACUCACUGGUGUCUUCUGUCAAGGGCAAGGUGGAAUGCUUACACCUCCUCCAAAGAAUCCAAGUAAUCCAACAGACUUGUAUGACAGUGUUGUGGACAAUGUAAAUAAUCCUUCCAUGUUUAUUAUUUUCAAUGACAUUCAAGCUUAUCCAGAAUAUUUAAUUACAUUUCAAUAACUGAGUUAUUUGGGAUAUAAAACAUGUGAUUUUUAUAAUGGAAUUCAAAUUUCUGAAGCUUUCUGAUUAUUUUUCAGAAUUAUAAUGUUGAAAUCAUAGCUUUUGAUUUUUGUAGUCCCUGCUUUCUCCUCCCCUUCCCAGCUCCCACUGUCUCCGCCUCCUCCUUUCUUCUUUCUCCCCCACCCCCACAUCAGUCUGAAGAAGUAUCUCGACCCGAAACAUCGCCUAUUUCCUUUGCUCCAUAGAUGCUGCCUUGCCCGCUGAGUUUCUCCAGCAUUUUUGUCUACCUUCGAUUUUCCAGCAUCUGCAGUUCCUUCUUAAACAUUUUGAUGUUUUAAAAUCAUUUUGACUAACUAAUGAAAAGACAUAGCUAUUUCAUGUCUAAGAUACAUUGUCAACUCUCAAGCACAUUUUGGGGGUGGGAGAGGAUGAAGGGGAGGUGAUCAUUUACACUAUUUGGCAUGAAUGCAAUUUCACCAACACAAAAACAUCUUUUUGAGGAUCUCCUUACAUAGAGAGAAAGUAUACACAUGUUUGGAAUCAAAAAUAAAUGCUAAACAUGCAGUAAGUCGGGCAAAUACAAUGCAAGCUGCUGAUUAGAUGCACACUUAUGUGUCCAUCUAUAUGGUUUCAAUGAUAGGAUGUAAUGCCCAUCCCUAGUUGCUGCAUAAGUGAGUAAACAAAUGGAAGACAACUACUUUGGCACGUCUGGAGUCACAAGUGUCAGACCCAAUUAUGUUUUACAGUAAACUGGCAGUUACACAGUUACUGUUCCUGAUUCGAGCUCUUUAAUGCAGACAUACACAAUCACUUGGAUUUAAAUUAUGUAACUGCCAUGCUAGGAUUCAUAGAAAAGUAUCUGGAAGAACAUCAGAAAGCAGAAGAAGAUCCGGACUGAACCAAACUUAUUAUUCAGAAGUGAGUUUCUAUUUGGUUGAUGGUUCCUGUUCUGAAGUCAAAAUAAAUCAUAUCUCUAGGAGUCUGUCCAUUCUCAAUCUGGCCCCCUUUUCUGUUCUUUUCCUGAAUAACACUGCAUACCUGGACUAUAGCUGUUGCAUCAAUAAGCCAAUUUUUCUGUUUUCUGAGUAUUCAUUGACCAGUUGAUUUUCCAUAGUUUAUGACAUUCUAAAAAUGUGAAAACGCUGCAUAUUUUUAGUAUGAGAUUCUUAUCUUUGAGUAGUUUCGUGUUCAAAUGAUUCAUUAAUAGUAAUCCUUUCUAAUCCUAAUCUUCAAGAAUUGUUUAUUUGAAUACAAUGAGUGAAAUUGAUUAAAAACACAUGUAACAUAUAAAGGUUUAUAUAAGCAUAUAAAAGCAUUAUUAAACGGGUUAAUAUUCCUUGGUAGACCAUAUAACCAACCUUUUAACUAGUUUAUCUUACUGUUAUAUUAGAAUGUAUGUCUUUGCUUGUAUACACUUGAUAAGUGUGAAGAAAUGCAAUAUAUUAAAAGAGUGCAAACAAUUACCUGUCGAAUAGUAC